GAGAUUAAAGUGAUAUAUUGGGAGAAUACGGAUAACAAAAUAAAGAAUCACGUUCGAAAAAGGAACUAAAGGUCAUAAUCGCCAUGUUGCGAGCUGCGGGAAGGUCGGCCCUCUGCGGUCACGUGACUAAACACCCCUAUUAUUCAGUUUCCACCAUUUCGAACUUCAGCCAUGUUUGAAAGUAAUGUCAACAGUGGUACGGUUUGAGAAGUUCGUCUGGUGAAACAAUCUUGGAAUUUACCGUUUUGAGGUCGAUUGCCUCCAUUUAAAUGUCUUUGGUUGGAGAAGGAAUGAUUUUUGCCCCUGGCGGAUAGUUUUGUGUUGGAAUUGUGAAGAGCUUGAGCUGCGGGCAACAUGGAGGAGCGAAAGAGGAGGGAAAAUCUCGAGGGUUACGUCCGAAAUCCUCGAAACGAAUUAUACAUUGAGGGGCUUUUGGAUGGCAUCCAGUCGUUGGUGUGUGAUUGUGACUUUCCAGCCCUCAGACGAAACAAGAACGUCGAAAACUUCUUACAAAGAUAUGAGAAGCCAUGUAAAGUAAUAGAAGAGUGUCGUAUGAAUGCCAAAGACUUUCAGAUCGUAAAAGUCAUCGGACGCGGUGCAUUUGGCGAAGUUCAGUUGGUGAGGCACAAAGCAUCGAAAAAAGUAUAUGCUAUGAAGCUUCUGAGCAAAUUUGAGAUGAUCAAGAGAUCUGAUUCUGCAUUCUUUUGGGAGGAGCGUGAAAUUAUGGCUCAUACUACCAGUCCUUGGAUCGUCAAGUUACACUUUGCUUUCCAAGAUGCUAAAAAUUUAUAUAUGGUGAUGGACUAUAUGGCAGGUAAAUAUCAGUACAAUACAGGUCUCUACUAGAGUAAAUUUUGUUUUGAAAACUUGACUGACUUCUGAAAAGCAAGUGCAAAUAUCAAGCGUCUUGUUUGCACAUGUAGAUGUGGUGUUUGAUUGUCAGAUAUAUUGAAUGAAAAGUUGAUAAAGACCAAAAUAAAAGCAACAUUCUACAAAACAUUUCUCCUCCCUAAAGGAGUGUUCCUGUUAGGGGAGGUAUGCAUGUCUACUUCUGAAUUUUUAGCUUGCCGUAUCGCAGUUUGGAAUGGUCUACAUGACGCUGCUGGAAUUUUGCCAACGUCUGAUUUAAAUAACUUAGGUACAGCAGGAGCAGAAUCAGUAUUGAGACAGAGCAGGAGUUUCUCAGACCUUGUCAUAAAGCAAUUGAGACUGUUUUAUUUAGUUUAUUUACAAUGUAGUGUACAGUCUGAAAUGCAUGCUUGAGAAACCUCUGGUCUGUGCAGUUUAGUUAGUCCAAAGAAAUUAAACAAACGAGGCCUGAAAUGGAGCAAACCAAAAAAAUCCCUUUAAACAGAUGAUAAAGAGCUAUUUCAGAUAGAAGUAGUGUCUUGUUUUUGGAAUUAUUCAGGUGUUGGGAAAUCUGGGGAGACUCGUGUGUAAGAAUACGCUGCAUGAUAACUGAUUAUUAAUUAUUACUUUAAUACAUAGAACUCCCUUUCACGAGUAUAUUUUGCGUUAUAUUAAAGAAAUGAGCAUUUUGAGCAUUAUUCCCUGUUUUCAUACAAGCUAGGCAAGAGUUGAAAUGGUGGACCUUGCCACAUUUUCUUGUGACCAACUGAAUUUUAGCAGAAAUGUUACUGCUGUGUUUAUAUUAUUAACAACUGCAUCAUGCUGUAUGGAAGAUGGGUGCCUGGGAUAUCCAGGGGCCUCCACUGUGACCUACCGGCCCCUAGACAGUAUAAUGCUCC